AUGUUGAGGUGCGACUUUUGUGAGACGACGGAGACGCCAUUAUGGCGCGCGGGCCCUCGCGGACCCAAGACUCUGUGUAACGCCUGUGGCGUGAAGUGGAAAAAGGGGAAGCUUGAUGGCUUCGGUCCCGGUGCCUGUAAUGUGCCCAGAACGCACACGGGAAAGAGGCAUCCGCGAGCGGUAUAUGGAAGACCUCGUCGAGCAGGUGCCGUCGCGGAUGCGCUGGAACUGCCUUCCCCGGAACGCAGCCUCAGCAAGUUCCGGGGAAGCGUCCGUCCGGGUUGGUAUGUGCCGUCCGAACUCGAGUACUCUGGCAGAAUUCAACACCCGAGGCGGAGUAGCUCGCCGCCUGAAACACGCUGUGCGUACGUUGACGUUGAUCGUGAGGACUCAGCACCGGUCGUGCGAGAGCAGUUUGCGCCCUCUGUUUUCGCACCCAGUAUUCCUUGUCGCGGAGAGAGCGCGCCUCUUAAUAUUGUGCGAAAGGAUGCAGGUCGUGGUCCCGGAACACAACAUACAACGUUACCGGCGGACCACUUGAUUCGUGAGUCGCUGUUCGUUCGCGUCGAUAGUGAACGGGCGUUGGCGUCGGACCCCAUUGGGUAUCCAGCGGCGAUACCGUCCUGGGAUGACGUCUCCAUUGAAUCGCUCUCCGAGGAUGGUGACGGUGCCGACAACUACCAUGACUUGGAGCUGAACCUGCCCGAACAAAUGCCUCUGCCCGACGCUGCGCAUACAAGUACGCACGUCCUCGGAGGUGAGCAUGACUGGCGUCACGCCCAAGGCGCUGCAUCUGGGGAAACUGCCUUGCCACUGCCACUGCCGCUGGCACCCGCGAAAGGCUCACUAACGAAAACCAUGGAACGUGAGCCUGUGGAUGCUGCUACCAAAGGUGUCCGUCUGCUCCUAGAUGCAGCGCGGUACGUGGAGUACGCGAGCAGCCCGCUCUCGUCGCAGUGGUCACCCCUGAGAUCGGCAUCGUCCAGCGCUCCGCCGUAUCACCAGGCUGGUACCUCGUCCCCGAACCGUCUCACACCAUCCUAUCUAACACCAAUGGUGCUGGAGAAGGACUGGUAA